AUGCAAAAUAAAGUUAUUCAUAAUUCAGUUUCAAAUAAGAAAGGCAAUAUAUGGCUUUUUUGGAGUAAGACUCUUCCUGAACCAACCGUGGUUUCAAUGUCAAGUCAGAUGAUCACAGUAAGUGUAGGUGGAUUUCUUGUUUCUGGUGUUCAUGCUCAUGUAGGUGUUGUUCAAAGGAGAUUUCUAUGGACAAAGAUGGAGCUUAUAAGUGAUUUGAAACAACCUUGGAUGACCAUUGGAGAUUUUAAUUCCAUUACUUCUUCUGAAGAGAAAAUUGGUGGAAGAACAGUUAAUAGAAAAUCCAUGCAAGAAUUUAACACUUGUUUAGCAAAUUGUGAAUUGAUACAAGCUCCUAAAAAUGGGUUGCAGCAUUCAUGGUCAAAUUGUCAGCAUGGAAAUAGAAGAAUUCUGUGUAAUCUUGAUAGAGUUGUAUACAACCAAUUGUGGUUUCAAAAAAAUGAAGAUUGGAGUUAUAAAGUUGGUUUGAGAAUUGCUUCAGAUCAUUCUCCAUUACUUGGAGGCAAUGUUGCAGUUCCUAAGCCAAAAAAUGUCCUUUGGAAGUUCCAAAAAAUGUGGUCAUCUCAUCCUGGCUUCAUGGAAGUUGUCUUACAAUGUUGGAGUGAAGAAAAAUUGAAAGAAGCUGAAGAAGAAGUUAAAGAAGCAAUGAUAGAUUCUGAUCUCAAUCCCUUUGACACUGCAGCUUUGGACAGAUUAGUUACUGCUGAAAAUAACUUAAAUUCAAAAGAAGUUCAUCUAAGUACAAUGCUCAAGCAAAAAGCAAGAGUUAAAUGGGUAAAUGAAUGGUCUGCAAAUACAAGUUUCUUCUAUACAAACUUUAAGAUCAGACAGUCAAGGAAUUUCAUUAGUGAACUUCAAGAUCAUAAUGGUGAUAUUACAACAGAUCAAGCAAAAAUUGCAGAUACCUUAAUUCAACAUUUUCAAAAGAAGUUUCAAUUUCAAGAUGUAGUAAAUGAUGACACUCUUCUUGAAGCUAUUCAAAAAGUGAUAAAUGAAGAAGACCAACAAAUGCUUGAUGCUAUUCCAGAUGAAGAAGAAAUAAAAAGUACAAUCUUUCAUAUGGAUCCAGACAGCUCACCUGGUCCUGAUGGCUUCUCAGGAUGGUUGUACAAGUCAUGUUGGGACAUAAUAAAACAUGAUGUAAUUCAAGCUGUGCAAUUAUGCUGGAAAAGAAGAUUUAUACCAAAGGGUCUCAAUUCAAAUUUUUUGGUGUUACUUCCUAAGAUUGAUGGUGCAAAAACUCCAAAUCACUUUAGACCAAUUGGCCUAAGAAAUGUAAGUUAUAAGAUCUUUACAAAAAUCAUCAAUACCAUAUUGAGUUCUCUUAUGAAUAAGCUUAUCACUCCUCAACAAGUGGCUUACAUUAAAGGUAGAAGCAUACAAGAAUAG